AUGUAUUUCAGGAUACCAUUACGCAAGCAGAAUUCACUUCGUAAACAUCUGAUAGAAACAGAUUCAUGGGAAGCAUACAGCAAAUUAAUUAAUUUCCAAAUUCAACGAAAAAAAAUUCAGCAAAAAAUGGGAUUAAAUUUGCAUUUCACUUCAGAGCCAAAUGCAAUAAGUGAGACUGAUGAAGUGCUAAAAAAUUAUAUGGAUGCUCAAUAUUAUGGUGAAAUUUCAAUUGGUACACCACCUCAAAAUUUUAGCGUUGUUUUUGAUACUGGUUCAUCAAAUCUUUGGGUACCAUCCGUAAAAUGUCCCUUUUUAGAUAUUGCAUGUUUAUUCCAUAAUAAAUACAAAGGAACAAAAUCAACAACUUAUAAGCCGGAUGGUAGAAAAAUACAAAUUCAGUACGGAACAGGUUCAAUGGAAGGAUUCAUUUCAUUGGAUACCGUUUGUAUUGCUAAUAUUUGUGUUACGGGACAACCAUUUGCUGAAGCAACCUCAGAACCUGGUGCAACAUUUGUUAUGGCUAAGUUUGAUGGUAUUUUGGGUAUGGCAUUUCCGGAAAUUUCGGUUCUUGGAUUAAAUCCAGUUUUUCAUACAAUGAUUAGCCAGAAAGUUGUCCAUCAACCAGUGUUUGCUUUCUGGCUUGAUAGAAAUCCAAGUGAUAAAAUUGGUGGUGAAAUUACAUUGGGCGGCAUUGAUGCAAAUAGAUUUGUAUCACCGAUCACAUACACUCCCGUGUCAAGACAUGGGUACUGGCAAUUUAAAAUGGAUAGAGUGCUGGGCAGAGGUAAAGCAAUUGGUUGUGGUAAUGGUUGUCAGGCUAUAGCAGAUACAGGAACAAGCUUAAUUGCUGGUCCAAAGAGUCAGAUCGAUAAAAUUCAGGAAUAUAUUGGCGCAGAGCAUGUCUAUGCUGGUGAAUAUAUCAUACCAUGCUAUAAAGUGCCAUCUUUACCUGAAAUUACAUUUGUUAUUGCUGGUAAAAGUUAUACUUUAAAAGGAUCGGAUUAUGUUUUAAAUGUAACAUCAAAGGGUGCAACAAUCUGCCUUUCUGGUUUUAUGGGUAUCGAUUUGCCGAAACGAGCAGGAGAAUUGUGGAUUCUUGGUGAUGUAUUCAUCGGUCGUUACUAUACGGUAUUCGAUGUAGGAAAUUCUCAGAUAGGCUUUGCCCAAGCUCGUGAUAGUGCGGGUAAGCCAAUUGGUAAACGAGUGCGUACGAUUGUAUCGGAGGAAGAACAACAAAUAUCUCAUGAAUCAUUAAUAUCAACUUUUAAUGAUUGA